GAUGCGUAGGACCCUUUAUUCCAACACAGUAAGACCCUCACACACAGAUACACAGCACCGCCAACCCUCUCUCCAGAUCUCAACGUCUCGGGAUCAUCACUUCAGUUAGGAGCCAUGACCCUACAGAGACCUACCCUUCUGCUGCUGGCUGGCCUGCUGGUCCCUCUGAUCCUGGCAGCCCCCACAGGUACAAAGAAGGUCGGAGCUGAGGACGACAUGGGUGUGAGAGUCAAGCGCAACCUUCCCAACUGGGGGAUGAGCGCAUCCGACUUCUUCGGCUGGGUGGAGGAGCUCCGGAGAACCGGCGGCUACGAGAGGAUGGACGAGCUGGCCAAGACGUUCUGGGCUCACUUCCCGUCCGCCAACGGCCUCGGCUACGGAGCCCAUGAGCAAGACGAGUAGAAUAGGAGAGAGAAAGAGAGAGGGAGAGGGAUUCUUGGCUCUCAGGUUGUUGAAAAUACACUGUCGUAAAUUUUGUGGAUUAACUUCCUUAGGGACCCCAUGUAGGCCUAUUUCAUAUUUUUUUAUUUUUUUUUUUCCCACCGUCUAUUUUGCAUUGCAUAUCAUUUCUAUUAUUAAACCUUGGAAAGCUCAAAUCUGAAUAGUUUUUGUUUAAACUGAACAGAAUUGUGUUUUUUUCUUACUGCAACAAAAACUCUGCUUUGUUAUUUCCAGCAAUGGGUGGUGGUUGAUUGGAAAACAGUUGGAUGGGGUUUAUUGAUUAUUCAGUUGUCUUCUACAUUUUGCAAAUGCUACAUGAGGUCUAUCGUAUCGUCGUAUUGUUGAUAGAAUCACCCAUUGUGGUGUUUGUCUCUAGACUAUUAUCUUGUCAAGCUGUGUCCUGACUGGCAACCCAGUAACAUGGACAAAUAAAUAAACAAUGGCACCACAGGUGGGAUGUAAAAAAAAACAUUGCGACAAACAAGCAUGAAUCAAUCACUAAGCAUUCUUACAUCACACAAUCACAUUUACCUUUCUCACCAUUCCUUCUACUUUGAAGGAUAAAAGUGCUUCUGCUUUAUAACGAUUCCAUAUCAAAACCCCUGAACAGGAUUUAACAGACUAUGUGUGCUCAAGGAGCCCCAUCCAGCUACAGUUUCCCUCCUCUGGAAGGUUGGAGGACAGCUAUGACCCCCUGCUGUAUCUUGGAAAAUGGCAAGAUUUUGAGCGUUGAGUCCCCUAUCAGAGGCAGAGCUGAUAGCAACUCUACCCAUACCUAGGAAGACUUUGAAGAAAGGUUUCUCUCUGUGAGUGACGACGCAUGUACAAGAAGAGGGUAAGAGUACCCGGGACUUGGCCUUCAUGUAAUAUACAUAGUGCCGGCAAUUGGAACCUACCAUGCCAGAGGAGACGGUCCUAAAACUCAUCCUCAAAAAUAGCUUAUCUUAGCUUAUCCAGACUGUGGAUUUGCUGGCACGGUUGGGACAGCAGCUAGCAAAGGAUAGACAAAAUUAAUUAUUUCGUUUUUAGUAUGAUCAACGGAAAAGCCGAACAAACAAGGGGCUCCAUGAAAACCCCCCAUCUUAUCCCCCUUGGCCAAACCCUUGGACCAACUAUACACAGGUUUAUUAUUGGAGGUGUAAGGGUAGUCAUGCUUGAGCUACUGGUGUGACAGUAGCUGAAAGUAGAGGGGGUAGACUGGUUACCGGAAGGUUGCAAGUUCGAUUCCCGGCUCCUCCUAGCGAGUGUCGAGGUGUCCCUGAACAAGACACCUCACCCUGACUGCUCCCGACGAGCUGGCUGUCGCCCUGCGUGGUUUUCUCUGCCGUUAGUGUGUGAAUGAGCGAACUACAAUCCGCUUUAGCCCAUUAAUGAUCUCUGUACUUAUGUUUCCUUGGUCUAACCAAUCAAAGGUAUCUUUGUCAUACUCAGCAUGGUCACAUUUUAUGUUGUAGGAAACGGUGGAGAUAAUGCUUCCUCCAACACUUUCAGGUAUGAUGUUGAAGUCACCAGUGCCUACACUGUCUGAGGAAGCUUUCCUCUUUUAACAUAGACAAGACCAUGAUGUCUUUGUUUUAUUGUGCUUUUAUUGAGUCAAUUUUAACAUUUUCCUUAGGAUCAUGGUUUGGAAACAUAUCUUUAAAAAAUAAGAAUUCCCUCAACAAGACUGUAAAAUGGUCCGUUAAGUUGAUUGGUGAGCCACAGCCGAACAUGGAUGCCCAGUUACAGAGGUUAUCGAAAUCCGUUCAAAAUGAUAGCACCCACCCUUUAAACAGUGCAUUUCAGCUGCUUCCCUCCAGACAGAGGCUCAAAGUUCCCAAAAGCAGAACAAACCGCUACAGGAACAGUUUUGUUCCUGCAGCCAUUAUCUUUACGAAUAAAUUGUUGCAGCGCCACUAGUGGUGCAUAACUUUGUUGCCCUUUCUGAUGUACUGAGCACCUCUGUGAUUUUUGUCUGCGUGUCUCUCUUGUCUUCUGUAUUUUUGUUGUGUCCUUUUUUUUAUUUUUUUUUUAUACUGUGUAUGCUAAGUGUGUGAACGCCCUUUUCUUGCCCUGCAAACCAAAUUUACCCACGGGUAUGAAUAAAGCAACCUUGAACCUUGAA